CCUGAACCCCCGCCCAUGGAUUAAGGGUGAAACCAGCCAGCACCUUUCUCUUAUGAAUGGCUUGAUGUUGUCGCCUGCGUCGCACGCCCGAACUCCACGAAUCCUUCAACCGAACUACUUGUGGUGAACUCCUUACGAUCGCCAGAACGUCAUACAUCGCAAAGAGGUCUAUGGCAGGAUAUAUCAACCCAAAUACGCAUAAAAAAAGACCAUGGACACAAACCAACGAUACUACCAAGCAAGGAUUGAUGCCGCCGAACAAGCGCGUCUACCAGGUACCAAAGGUUGGCUAUGAUGUACCUCUUCCGGUCGAUUCACCAUCUACGAGUUGUUUACGUACACCCCAAACUUCUAACAAUAUCGACUAUAACUUGCUCACUCCAGGCCCUAGCAUUGUGGGUCAUAGUAUCGACGAUACAACUAGCCUUCCAAUGAGUGAUAGCAUCGAUUUGAGUUGGUCAAAUGUGUGUGAUGCAAACUUCAUGGAUGUUGACCAAAAUUACAAUCCCCCAGCAAAAGAGGUUUGCUUUGGCAUGGUGCCGGAUAUUCAAGUCCGCUUGAAUAAGACUUUUGACCCCCUUCUGGCUACGUGGGGUGCAAUAAACGCUUCCGGUAGUGUAACUUUAGGGUUACAGUUCGUCGAAGGUCGAUGCGAUAUCGUUGCGCCUUCUGGACAGGUUGCCGCAGUAUUGAACAUGAAGUCUUAUCGAUCUCUCCUACGCCUCCAACUAGACACUUCCAUCAGGCUAGAAGCAUCAGCCAAGCCUGCAUCCUGGCUGCAUCAAACGAAUACGUCUGAGAAAAUCGCAGAAACGCGUUACUGUUCAAUGGAUGUCCUUUUCUUUGGCUACCGAUACGAGGCAGAUACAGUUGCAACCAAGCUUGCUGCAGAGAAUUUCUAUCUUCAAGAUCCGGAUCACUUACCGGCAGGCUUCUCCUACGAAAAUCCUCAGUGUCUUGAUCUUCCGAUCUCGAGUUACGUACAGCCUCCUACGGCGGACCUUUCGGUCAUACCAACCGAUCUACCUACACAAGAGUCGAUGCUGAUCUCCAACUCCAUACUGGAUACUGAUGAUGAGUUUGAACUUGAUUUUGACAAGCUUCUCGAUGCGUUCGCAUGUCACGAUCAUCUAGUCCAAGCGUCGGCUGUCGUGCAGGUUUCGGCCAAGCUUUACAGCCAUCAGAGAGAAGGCUUAGAUUUUAUUUUGCAACGAGAGUUCAGUACCUUAGCCCCUUCACGAACUCUGUGGGAACAGCAACAAAGCGCCCAGGCCGAGAACGGCGCGCCAAUUUUCAAUCAUGUGAUCACUGGUGCUAAAAGUCCGCACCCCAAAGAGUGCUCAGGUGGAAUCAUCGCCGACGAAAUGGGUUUAGGCAAAUCUUUGAUGAUGUUAUCUGCUAUUACAGGAACGUUGGAUCGAGCAUGCGCUUACGCACAGUCCAUGACCAGCGUAAGAUCCUCCGGCCAAGGUAUCAUUGCAGCGAAGUCUACCCUGGUCCUCGUUCCGUCUGCACUGCUGAUUGACAGUUGGAUCAAAGAAAUUCACGAUCGUAUUGCAGGGGGCGCCUUGACGUAUCAUAAGUUUCAUAGCCGGGAUCGAAAAAUUGAUUGUUUAAGUCUCCUGCAAAAAGAUAUCGUAUUCACUACGUAUGGUACAGUUGCAGCAGACUUUUCGCGUAAGCGUAGCCUCCUGCACCAAGUCCACUGGUAUCGUAUUGUACUAGAUGAAGCACAUGUGAUUCGCAACGCCUCGACUAAACAAUUUCGAGCGGUCACUGCUCUCCAGUCUCCACUCAGAUGGGCCCUCACGGGGACACCGAUUCAAAACUCGCUCGAUGACCUAGGAUCUUUGUUGAUGUUUCUGAAGAUCCCAAUUCUCGAUAACGUUGCGCAAUUCAAACGUCACAUCACAAGCCCCAUUGAACGCAGGAAGGGAGACACUCCAAAAGACUAUAGGAACUUGCGAAUCCUCCUCCAAUCAAUUUGUCUUCGAAGGACUAAAGCUGUGUUACCAAUGGCCGAGGUCACCACGUAUACUCACUGGCUAGACUUUAACCCAAACGAGCGGAUAGAAUACGCACAGAUUGAACGGAUCUGCAAAGAAGCGCUUGACUUAGCCGUGAGCGGACACAAAGUCAAAGAGGCGCACCAAAACGUUCUCGAAAUUCUACUUCGUCUCCGUCUCUUUUGCAACAACGGUAACAUAUAUGAGCAUAUUAAAACGCCAAGCGGAGGGUGCACAAAAGACCCCGAGGAAUCACUUAGUCUGCUUCAACAAACUGGAGAUGCCAUAUGCUAUUACUGCUCUUGCGAUAUUACAUCGUUGCCAAGAUCCGACACUCAUGAUACUGCAAUAUUGACCGCUUGUCAUCACGUUAUCUGUCCUGAUUGCGUACCUGUAUGGAGGAGUGUUUUCUCGAAAAGUACACCAUGUCCUAUAUGUAAAUCAAUCCACAGCAUGACUUCUGCUGUAACGCAGGAUGACAGCAACAUGCCCGCUUUCGACAACUUUCCUUCCAAAAUAUUGGCCCUUUGCGAGGAUAUACAAGCUCAUAGAACGGAAGGAAAAUGUGUUGUAUUUUCGUUCUGGAAGCGUUCGCUUGACAUUGCAGGCUCCCUGCUCAAAGAAAGAAACAUACCGUUCUUGCGUGUCGACGGUUCCCUACUCUUCAGCAAACGUAGAAUCAUACUUAGCCAGUUCGAGACCCAGCCCGAUAUUCCAGUUCUACUAAUGACGCUGGGAACUGGCGCCGUUGGACUCAACUGCCUUACCGUUGCCCAUCGAAUCCACCUUCUUGAGCCUCAAUGGAACCCUUCCGUUGAAAGUCAAGCGAUAGGGCGCGUUGUCAGACUCGGCCAGGAACGCCCGGUCACUGUGAUCCGCUACAUCAUGAACAAAACUGUCGAGAAGAAUGUGCAGAAUAAACAGUUUAGAAAGCUCAGGCUUGCCAACGGGGGUUUUACACGCGGCAAGGGAGAGGAGGUGAAAGCAAGAAUGCAGAUUCUACAAAAUCUCAUUCUCCAGCAAUAGACCUUCCAUGGAGGGUCAAGAUAGAGUGGGAAAACGGCAUAACUGACCGAGAGGAGCCCAAGGCACCAGUACAGUGUGGCUGACAGUGGGUUGAAAUAUCAAAGAGACAAACAAAUGUGCGUAAGAUGCACCCUUGCAUCCACGUGGUAUUGCCCCCAACGCUCUCUAUAAAGCCCAUAGUAUGGAACAUACACGCUUAUGAAGUUUGGGGUUUGAAGGGCUAUAGUGAAUGUUCAAAAGCCACCCUCUGCUUGAAACCAUCAAGUUGAUUAUGAUAUCCAAGUAGCGAAACUUGCGAGGUUCAUUUUUUGUAGUCGUGUAUAAGAAGAGUCGAGCAAGAUUGGAGACUGAGCAGUUGAGCGUCUUUAUAGCAGUAUAGAAAAGACCUUUACCAACGCGCGAAUAGAGUAGGCAUUGGAGGAUUUCCAGAGCGCCUGCGCCCUAGUUGAGCUAUCGCUGGUUCUAUGU